CAACCCAAAAUAAGGGGGCGCGGAACCGGGGCCCCCAGGCCCCUCUCCUAGAUCCGCCACUUGCUUUGAUCAACCACAGUACGUGUAACAUUUCGGCUAUUUCGUGUUAAAUAUAUCGGUGGCAGAUCAGGGAAAAAGGGCACGAAGGGCGAGGUCGAACUCCUUGAAUUGAACUAGCUAUCAUCCAACAAUUGUAAAAAAACUCAAAAUUUGGAUGCAAAGUGGUAACACUGACGGACCUCGUACUGGCGGUUGACUCCGGCUCAUGUUCCACACCCGCCAUUCGCAAAAUCCGCCCCUAAACCAACCCUGACUUAAGGCUAAAAGUGCCUUUUAGUAUUGUAUGUUUAUUUUCCUCUUCGUUUUAAAUGAAUUCUUGUUCGCCUCUUUUUCAAGAGGCGAACAAUGUCUGCCAAUACUUAUCCAAUCAGAGGGAAGUUUACAUUUGGAUGCAAAUUUAUAGUCAUUCAUUGCUCACUGACGUACAUUUACCGUAAAGGGUGACAGAGGGGCACUAUCUCGCGCUAUUAAUACUAUUUUUAUUUUUAUUUUCUUACGGGGGAACAGUUUAGACGUUACUUACCCGCUUAUUUCAAUCUACGAAGUUAGGGUUUAUAGUUAAAAGGGUGAGAUGUCUCGCGUUUUGGUGACAGGUGCUUCGGGUUUCCUUGCAAGCCAUGUUGUGAGGCAGUUGCUCGAAGCCGGACAAUACAAGGUUCGUGGAACAGUUCGUAGUCUUGCAAACGAGGAAAAAGUGGGUCCUCUGAGACACCUCUGCCCAGAAUAUGCCAUGUAUGAACUGGAACUGGUCGAGGCAGACCUGAUGAACAAAGACUCUUGGCAGGAGUAAGAAGAUCAAGCUUUUAAUUCAAUUGUUAUCUUUAUUUGUUGGUUUGCAACAAUUUCAAUUUGUUUAAUUUACAGUAAGUGGUAUUUAUUUGGAAACAUAAUUCUGUGCAUUAUUCGUUCGCGAAAAUUUUGUUUUCUCCACACGCCCGAAACAGCUGUCAGUUGAACUAAAUACCUCGCCCCACCUGGCCCCUUCCUUAUUGUUCUGAUCGAACUAAAAACUUUGCAUAAAUUAUGCCAUUAGAAUUUUAAAACUUAGCUGUUGAUUAAAAAAAUGACCAUAAAAAUGACCUGCAACAGGCCUGUUUCAUAAUAAUAAUUAAAACUGUUAUAAGUUAUACAUAAAUGAGCCUGUGGGAGUGUGAUUAGGUUUCAACUCUCUUAAUUGACUUCUAUUCAGGGCUGUCAAAGACUGCACUUAUGUAAUUCAUGUGGCAUCACCCUUCCCAGCUGUUAAUCCAAGCAAUGAAAUGGAAGUUAUAGGACCUGCAGUAGAGGGAACUAAAAAUGUGCUCCAAGCAUGUGCUCAAACCAAGGGUGGAGUUAAAAGAGUUGUUUUGACAAGCUCUGUUGCUGCAAUUUAUGGUAAUUAAAACCCCAUUCGAAUAAUUAUGAUGACCAUGAUAGUUGAUAAUAGUUGCAACUCUGCCGUGCACUUUUGAUCUCAAACUACCAUGCACUAUCAUCGACUAUCAUCAACUGUCAUUAGUUUCUACUUGUUCAAAUUUGACAUUAUAGUUGAUGCUAGUUUUUGGUGUUUGAACAAGUGCAUUAUGGUGUGUGAUAAUUUUGCUUUCAGUAGUUCUAACCUGUGGAUACUAGAAUCAGAAUCUUUUCUACCAUGUCCAUCAGCUGAGGCCUCAGAUCAAUUUACAGCUGUAUGAUGCUUUAUGAUGUUAUAUUCUGACGAAGACUACUGGAGAAAAUUUUGAUUCAUAACUUAUUGGCCCAGUAGUAUUUCAUUGAGGUUCAUUUUCAUGAUAUUUUUUAAUUUCACAGUAACUUUAAUUAAAUAUUUGAACCCAAAAUAUAUUGUGGUUUAAAAAUUAAUUGUGUUGAAAUGAAGGGCAUCCAUCUCAACUCUCUAACACAUGUGAAAAAAAAAUGUACAGACUCAGGCAAACAUGAAUAAUAUAAUUGGGUUUAAUUCUUGAUUUGAGAUGGAAACAGUUAGUACAUAGAAUGAAAUGGUACCAAGUGUCUUGGAAUGUUAGUCCAGAAGCUCACUGCCCAAACAAGAUUCAGACUGAAGUGAAUCAUUGAUAAAUUUAAUAAAUGUAAGGCUUCUUGUGUGUAUUUUACAGGAGGGCGUCUUGAUGAACAAAUCACAUUUACUGAGAAUGAUUGGGCCAAUGAGGAAGGAAGUAGUCCUUAUGAAAAAAGCAAGAACCUUGCUGAGAAAGCUGCUUGGGAAUUACAGAAGGACUUACCAGGUGCUUACUCCAGACCAAACUGCUGUUUUAAACAUAACUAGUUAGGCCAUUUUUAAUGUCUUAUUUUUUAAUUUAAAGUAGAAUGAAAAAACUAAGUAUGAAAAUGUAAUGAUACACCAUGUUGGUACUGAUAACAACUUGAAGGGGAAUGGGGUGGGGUUGGAGCAAGGUAGGAUUAUUAUUUUCUCAUGAUAUUCUUGUGGGGUAGGGUGAAAAAAAGUUAGCAACUUCAAAGUCUUUCCACGGUUGUCAAAUAAAGAAGCAGCUGGCAGCAAUUAAACAUAAACACCAUUUUAAAAACAACUUUAUUCAUACCCAGCUGGUAUUUACAUGUUUACGUGAUAGUUAUGAGAAAUACAGGGCCAGAAAAAACACACAUAAAAACAAAUAGAAAUAAGGGAAAAAGGGUUUGUGUAGGAGUUAGAAGGGUAUUUUCUCCCCAAUUCCCUAAAAAUUUGCAUUUAUUGCUUUGUGACAAGACAGUGAUGGAAUUGUCGGCUUAUAUCUCCUAUUAACUUGACAUGAUGAUUUGCAGAUGAUGAGAGGUUUGAACUGUGUGUCAUUUGUCCUGGAUUCAUCUUAGGACCUGUUCUACAAGGAUCAAACUGCACAAGCAUGGAGGUAUUUGUAGGGUGCCAGAAAUUUGUAUCUACAUUUAUUUAUUAUUUUUAAAUUUGGAUCUAAGACUUGUCCUAAGCUGUCAUUCAGACUGUUUAAUAUAUUAAUCAAAUUAUUUGUGUUCAUUGUGGUUAAUAGAAUGUAAUAUUAAAGCAUUCUCAUUUGAGUGUCAAAAUAACCCAGGAUUACAUUGGUUUUAGUUUAUGUCUCAGACCAUGACUGGUCUAGAAAACAUGCAUCACCCUGUCAAACAUCUUAUUAACACUGAAACCAGUCACAACUUGGUCAAUUGCAAUUUUUUUGCAUUGAAGACAGUUUGCCUGAUGUUAUGUUCUCAUUGACCCCUAUUAAUGUCUCCCUUUGUUAUGAUUGGCUGCAAUUAUUACUUUACCUAUUGGUUCUUUAACACUUGCUUAUGAAUAUCCUCAUUAGACUAAUCAUUUUGUCAAGUUUUAAGGUGUGGGCAUUGCACAAUGUUUGCUGAUCACAUAAUCUGCUGAAUGAUUAAUUUACGUAUUUGUUUUAAUUAGUUUCACAAACGUCUUCUUGAAAGACAAAUACCAAUGGUUCCCAGGCUAUCUUUUGCAAUGUGUGAUGUCAGAGAUGUAGCAGCAGUACAUAUAACGGCUAUGACAUCAUCAAAAGCCCCUGGUAAGAUAACUGUAGAAGCACUGACAGUUGGCAUGUACUAAAACACAGAUGUUUAGUGGUAUACAGUAGACAACAGACGGUAGGUGAUAGUUGGUAGACAGUGGAGGAUAGACAGUAGAAGGUAGAUGAUGGAUUGUGUGACAGUACAUGAUCACAAAAUCUAAAAUUGUCAUGCAAUCUUGUGAAUGUCACAUAAAUCCUUCUUUCAUGUGGCAUUAUGUUAUGAAAUUUAAAAUUGUCAUGCAGUGGAUGAAUGUUACAUAAAUCAUUCACAGUUGGAUGUCAGCUUUUCAGUGAAAUAAUCUUAAGUACACUGUUUGCCAUCAUUCAAACACAGUAUGUACUCUUAAUCGGGUAAUAUGUCAAUUUGCCAAACACUGCAGUAAUUUUUUUAUGUACCAACCCAAAGUAAAAUAAGAACGUUUAAAUCAAAUUCUUUUUUUUUGUUAGGUAACAGAUAUAUUGUCAUCAAAGAAUCUAUGUGGACAGAUGAAAUGGCAAAAAUUCUGGAUGAAGAAUUUAGGUCACUUGGUAAACAUGAAUGUUGUUUCCUGAUCUUUAUGAUUGUUUUUGAGUUAGAUUAAAUAUCAAUCCAAACUUCAUGUCAUUUCCCACUGAAAAGUAACCUGUAAGUCUUCACUGAUGUUGCUAACAGUACGCCACCAGAAAUAUAAAUGGAAUCUCUUCACAAGUUAAAUCUGGAAUACAUUAAAAAUGUAUUUUAAGGACAUCUUUUCAGGAAAAGGUAAUGUCAGUUGAGAUUUUAAUUGCUCCUGAAUUUAUGGAUUUGGACCUAUGGUUUGGUAAAGUUUUGCCUUGAAAUAAUCACUUUUAUUGAUCAUAGAAUUAAGAUAUUUAUUAUACAAAUUAAUUGUGUGAUAACAAAGUCCACACAAUAGUCACAGUGACUUUCUUUUCAUUUCUUUUUUAGGAUACAAGGUGCCAACAAGAGUUGCCCCAAAGUUUGGAUUACGAGUACUUGCAAUGUUUGAUGGUUCAGUUAAAAUGAUUCUGCCUGCUGUUGGAAAAGAGAUCAGAAUGGACAACUCAAAAGUAAGGGGCUCUUGGCUUAUUCGGUAUGACCAUUGUGGUCAUGAAGCUUGUUGUGCAACAUUAUGAGGAACAUAUAUUACAAGACUUUCCCAAAUUAUUUAUUACAAGAGAGUUUGGAAUAUAUUUGUAAUUAAAAUUUUCCUUUUUGUUCAGUUUAUAGCAAUCUAUAGUUUAUGUUACCUUUCCUGUUAGUUGUUUAAAGACAGCUUUAGUAUGCUUUAUUUUUUGUUCUUUCUGUGACUUCAUUCCCUUUUAUUGAUUGACAGGUCAUUCAAGAUUUGGAUUUCAAGCCUAGAGAGUUAAGAAACACUGUAAUAGACAUGGCUUACAGCCUUAUUGAUGCUGGUUUUAUCAAAAAGACAGCAAAAUAUCAGAAAUUGAAGGACAAUUAAGAGUUUUAAAGGAGGCUUAAAUGGGUUUUAAUUUUUAAUGCCUAUUGCUUGAUGAAUUAGUACAAGUACAAUUAUUUAAUUUGGAUGUUGGUAACAUACUUUCUAGUAUGCAGAUUUCAUAGAGAUUUGUUUAGGACAUUGCUAAGCAAUUAACCAUUAUGCAGACUUGCAAUGUAUGAAAUAAAUAUAAAACAGGCAAUACCAAACUUCUUUUUUGCCACAGACUCAUAAUUUUAAAUAAAUCUAUGGGUAUUUCUUAGAGGCUGUGGUGUUGCUUUGGUAACAUUUUUGUGUUAAAAAAAGUGAUUGUAACUUGUUUAUCAAUAAUUAAUAGAAAUUUUGUAUGAUACUUAUUGCUUAAGGAAAUAAAUUUUAAUUAACCACUGCAAUUUUGAAUUGAUGUCGCAUUUGUUAGCUAGGGUGAAUACAAGCAAUAAGAAUCAGUGAUCUCAAUGC